AUGAAAUAAAAUAAUUCACCACCCUCUACUGCUUCAUUUGUACUAGAGAAACUUAAACAUUACAGAAAAUCUCAAAUGUCUUUUGCACUUCGUAAUCUUUUGAGUACAAACUCAAUCAAAUCAAAGACAACUACGAAACCGUUUAUGAAGUUAUUUUCAUCCUCUAAUUGCAAUUCUCCUCUACCUAGAGAUAUAUCUCUAUUUGAUCACACUUAGGAUUAAACUGCUAAAUAAUUAGAUCUCAGUAAUUUGCAUGAAUUUGAAUACAAAAUGACUCCUCAUUCCCAAAUCAACUCUUUUAGCAGAGUAUUAUAAAAUUACAUUAAAUUAGGACAUAAAGCUUGUUCCUUUUAUAAGUGCCAAAAAAUAUAAUAAAUUAGAUAAACGCUAUAAUAUAAUACUUUACUUUGAAGAGAAUUCCUCCUUGUUUUAAGACUUAAUAAGAAGAAAAGAUGCUGAAAAGAUGAUAAUUUUAUUUUAGAAACCAAUGUUCAUGGCACAAGAAUAAAAUGUAUAAAACUAUUCUAUUAAUCUAGUUAGUAGAGUUAUUUUCACAUAUGAUCUAUUUAUUAUCUUAGUUCUUUUUUGAUUGCUAAGAAUAUACAAAGGCUACAUAUUUUUUAAAAGAUUGCUUCACAUUAUCCAAUCUAUCUCGUAACCCCAAAUUAAAAGUUAAUUCAUUACUUUCUAUGGCAAUAUGUGCUAAAUAGUAAACUAUUUUAUAUUAAAAGGUUUAAGUUAUUUGACUAAUAGAUAAUUUUGAUACAAAAAGCUUUAAUGUAUUCAUGGGCCUAUUAUUAUCAUGAUGAAGAAAUAUAAUGUUAUGAUGCCAUGGGAUUAGCAUAUUUCUAUUAAGGUAACAUAGAACGAGCUGAGUUCUAUCAUUAAAAGUGGUCAAGUGGAUUUUUGGAGGAACCUUCAUCUUAUUACAGAGUGACAGCUUUAGAGUUUAUCUAAAUGUUUGAAAGAACAUUGCCAACAAAGGCAGUUGAUUUUAUGUCUUCAAUACAAGGAUCAAUUAGUAUUCCUUUUGUAAAUAUAGCAACUGGUAAACAUUACGAUGAUCGAAAAUUUAUCAAAUAUAAUAAUUGCAAUCCAAUAGAGAUUAUCUAAUCAAUAACUAAAACAAAAGAAUUUAGUGAAUUUAAUUUGAUUCAUCAUGAGUAAACCUUAAUAUUAAAUCAACAGAUAAAGAAGCAACCAAAACUACCAAAAAGAAUUUUGGAAAUUACUGAGAAAUACCAUAAAAAUAAGGAUUUGUAUUCUUUCAAUCAUAAAAUAUUGGAGAAUUCAACAUACAAAUAAUCUCUUUAAUAGCAAGUAGAUUUUAGAAUGACUCAGUCAUUUUCAAUCUAGGAAGUCAAUUAGAAUAUUAAGAAGUUUAUAUCAUCCUAGAGAGAACCUUUCAUGAAAGCUUAAUAAAUAUAUAUUAGAGGAAAUAACAAAUAAAAAGAAUUUAUUCCAGCAUUUAUUACAAGAUAUCAAAAAAUGCUCAUCUAAAUACUAAAAUGA